AUGAUGUUGGAAGCAAGGGAAAGUAUAGAACAGGAAUUUUGGUGGGAGCCAAAGAUUGGAAGUUCAAACAUUUGGUUUGACAAUUGGACUAAUCUAGGUGCUCUUAGUUAUGUGGUUCCCCAGUCUUGGCAAAUGAAUGAGCAUGCUGAAGAUGUUUCUGAACUUAUGAUAGAUGGAGGAUGGAAUAUCAGCAAACUCAGGCAGCUGUUUCCUGAAGAUAUAGUGCAUCAUAUGAUACAGGAAAUUGACAUUAAAUAUGCAUCAAAUGAAUGGGAUAGACCUUGGUGGAUGAUGACAAGUACAAGCAAGUUUACAUUUAAAGUCCCAAUUAAUGAAGUGGUGGCAAGCAUUGGCAUUCCAUUAGUUUCAAAGUGUUGCUGCUGUCAUAAUGCUAAGAUGAAGACUAUAAACCAUCUGUUUCUGUGUGGAGAUUUGGCUACAAAGGUAUGGAGAUACUUCAAUAUGGGGGCUGGAUUGAGCAUGAAUUGUGUUCAGGUCAAACAUGCUAUAAGAAGUUGGUGGGAAGCAAUAUGCCAUUUCAAAAUGAAGACCAUAUACAAAGCAGGGCCUGCUUUUAUUGUGUGGCAAAUAUGGAAGUGGAGAAACAGUAGGCUUCAUGGUGGUACUAUAAGUCUGAAUAGAGUGCUAUAUGACAUAAAUAUGAACAUUCAUAUGUUAUGUAAAGUUCAAUUUCCUGGGCUGAAUAUUCCAACUAUAUGGCAUCAGAUUGUUCAGCUCUUUGAAGGAUAUAAGCCUACUGUUAUAUGCAGAAUUAUUAAAUGGAGAAGACCUGCAUGUGGAAUUUACAGGUGUAAUACUGAUGGAGCUGCUAAAGGAAAUCCAGGUCCAAGUUCUGCUACUUUUUGUAUAAGAAAUGAAGAGGGAGAUUUGGUGUAUGCAGCUGCUAAAACUUUGACAGAUGGAACAAAUAUUAUGGCUGAGGCUGAGGCUAUUAGAAUGGGACUGAGGUACUGUGUGGAAAAGCAACUUUUUCCAUUGAUUAUAGAGACUGAUUCCAUGACUAUGAAGAUGAUUUUAAAUGCUGAAUGGAAGGUCCCUUGGAGCAUUUCAAUGUUAGUGGAUGAUAUCAAGAGGAUGAUGGAUGAUCAAAGAGUAUCUGUGGAGCAUAUACAUAGAGAAGGAAAUGGGCUUGCAAAUAUUUUAACUAACUUGGUUUUGGUUUUUGCAGGUUCACUUCAGUUCCAUAAUUUUCAGAAAUUGCCAAGUCAAGCUAAGGGGAUUCUGAAUAUGGAGAAGAGAGGAAUUCCAAACUUGAGAAUAAGAACCCUUCAAAACAAAGCACCAGAUUGA